UUGUAGCACGCCACGCCACGGCACGAGAAGGCCAGAACGAUCUCCUCUUCUUUCGCGAAUCGCUAGUGCGUGCUCUACUCGCCGACAUGGCAGGGGAAGGGGACGGCGCGGAGGAGAAGACGAUCGUCGUCGGAGCGGGAGAGCAGGAGGGGCAGAUCGUCGUCGCCGGAGCAGCGUACGAGGAGGAGGAGGUGGACGGCGGAGGAGGAGCCGCAGCAGACGAGGAGAGCGGCGGGGGCGACGGCCAGUUCAUCAUUCCGCCGCCGGGGUUCCGGUUCAGGCCGAGCGACGACGAGCUCAUCAGGUACUACCUGCUCCCCAAGCUGCAGGGCCGGGGCCACGCGCCCAACAGGGCCAUCAUCGAGCACAACGUGUACCAGUGCCACCCGGACGAGCUCACCGGGAAGUACAGGGGCCGGGGCGAGGGCAAGAGCUUCUACUUCCUGUCGCCGAGGGUGCGCCGGUACGACAACGGGGACCGGCCGCGGCGGGACACGGACGACGGCCGCGGCCGGUGGAAGGUGUCGACGGGCAAGAAGGACAUGGGGGAGGAGAAGAAGGUGGCCGGCGACGGCACGACCCGCUACUGCAUGAGCGUGCUCAACUACUUCGAGAGCCCCAGAGGCGGCGGGCGCAAGUCCGAGUGGCUCAUGAGAGAGCUCACCGUCCCGGCGUACGAGAUCAAGCUCCCCAAGGACGGCGGCCCUGGAGGCAAGACGUUGGAUAGGUACGUGAUGUGCAAGAUUUACCUCAAAGACGACAAAGGUGACGACGACGAGGAGGCAGGGCCCAGCAGCGCCUCGCCGCUGCUCCUGCACGGGCCGGUGGAGGGCGACGAAGGGGCGACGUCGGCGGAGCUUCCUAAGCUUUCGAAGAAAAUGGCGGGCAAGAGGCCCGCGCAGGACCAGCAGCCGCGGAACGCCGCGGCCACCGCGAGGAAGCGGGCUCACCACUCCUCAAAAUGCAUGCAAAUCGAGCCACCAGCACCAUCGCCACAGGGCAACGGCAUGCAGGCUCCGUUCAGCACGCCGGGAUGCUCAUACUACGGUGGAUCAGGGCAGCCCAUGCUCAUGGGGUGUCACGCUGGCACACCGAUGCCGCGGCCAAUGCUGGCAUACAACAACGGCCAGGUGCAGGUGCCGCGGCAGCAGGUGGCGUACAACGGCCAGGUGCCCGUGAUGGCGCGACAACCGGCGGCGUACAAUGGUCCGGUGCCGGUGAUGGCGCGACAGCCGGCGGCGUACAACGGGCCGGUGCCGGUGAGGCAGCAGCAGGUGGCGUUCAACGGCCAGGUGCGGCCGCCGCCGUGCCGGCCCGCAGGUUGCCGCAACGUCUAUGGUCAGAAUCCGACAAUGAUGACGCGGCCUUCGUGCCCGGCCCCGGUCGGCCAAGCGGUGAACCCGCAGGUGCAGAAGCAGCCGGAGACGGAUGAGAUGCGCGAGAAGCGGGUGCUUCAACAGAACCUGCAGGAACACCUCCGGAUGCAGUCGCAACAACAGCUGAUGGGGUUCACGCAGCAGCAGCAGCAGCAGCAACUUGCGAUGGCGUCCACGCACCAGCAGCGGCAGGCGAUGGCGUUCAUGAUGCGCCAGCAGCAGCAAUGGAGGAUGUCGUUCAUGAUGCACCAGCAGCAGCAGCAGUACCAUCAGCAGCAGCAGCAGCAGCAACAGUACUUGGGCGGCGCCAACGCCGAUUACUAUCACCACGAAGGGGCCAUGGUCCUCCCGACGGCGAGCAGUUCUCCAGGAGAGGCGGCGCUGGUAACAGCAGACGGUUCGCCGGUCAGCACGGUGGUGUCUGUGGAGGGAAACGAGGAGGGUAACAACGGGGAUUGCAGCAGCCAUGGUCGGGGGGAGUCUGCGGGCGGGGUGACGGCACCGGCAUCGGCACCGGCAGAGGGUGAUGGCCCCCAGCAUGCAUAAUUCGGCACAGUGGUCGACGCAAGUGUACAUGUAUUGCACAAAGCCUUGUUUCUGUUGGUUUAUGCUCCUUUUAGACUGAGCUCUGCACCAAACUUUUACAGCAGCAGAUAGACCUUCUAUGCUUUUAGUCAACUGUAUGUUGUGUUUCCUGAAUUGCAACAGCCUCAAGAGUAAACGUAAUUCAGCUACGUAUUUAUUUC